CAGCCUUAGGAAGGAGAUUUCCUGCCUGGGGACAGCAGGGACAGGAGGAGGCGACAACCCAGAGCAGGCAGGGCAGGACACCGAGCCGGGCUCGGGGAGGCUCAGACCGGGCAGGCCGGGACCUGUUGCCUGUUCUCCUGUGAAGCAACAGGAGGGCUGGCAGGCCACCAUGGGCGAGUGCACAGACCUGGAAUGGGCCGUGCAGGUGCUGGUGAACAACUUCGACAAGUACUCGAGCCGCUGCUGCUGCUGCAAGAACCCGCGGCGCAUCAGCAAGAAGGAUUUCCGCAGGAUGCUGAGCCGCGAGCUCAACCACAUGCUGACCGACACGGGGAACCGCCGAGCCGCCGACAAACUCAUCUGCGACCUGGAUGAGAACAAGGACGGGCGCAUCAGCUUCGAGGAGUACUGGACCUUGAUAGGCGGCAUCGCCAGCCCCAUCGCGCAGAUCAUCCGCCAGCAGGAGCAGAGCGUCAAAUUCACCAAGUAGAGCCCGCGGGAACCUCCCCCGAGCCGCCCCCGCUCCUCCCCGGCACCCCCCGGCGGGAUUUGGGGUGGGGACAUCGAGGGGAUGCGCCUCGUCUGGUUUUUUUUCUCCUCCCCACCCCCCCAAAAAAAAAAAUAAAAAAAUUUGGGGUGGGGUUUUCUAAAAUAAAGGGAGGGGGGAAUUCUGUUCAGAAUUCUGUCUGUCCUCAAAAAUCCCACCAGCAGCAGUGCAUCUCCCCCUGAGGCUCCUCCCCAAAAAAAUUGGGGUGGGGUCUCCUAAAAUAAAGGGAGGGGUUUCUCCUCUUGUGGGGGAUUCUGUUCAGAAUUCUGUCUGUCCCCAAAAAUCCCACGACCACCAGCACUGCUUGUCCCCUUAGGGCUCUCCCCAAAAAAAUUUGGGGUGGGGUCUCCUAAAAUAAAGGGAGAGGGGAAUUCUGUUCAGAAUUCUGUCUGUCUGUCCCCAAAAAUCCCACCACCAGCAGCAGUCCCUGUCCCCUUGAGGCUCCUCCCAAAAAAAUUUGGGGUGGGGUCUCCUAAAAUAAAGGGAGAGGGGAAUUCUGUUCAGAAUUCUGCCUGUCUGUCCCCAAAAAAAUCUCACCAGCAGUGCCUGUCCCCUUAGGGCUCUCCCCAAAAAAAUUUGGGGUGGGGUCUUAUAAAAUAAAGGGAGGGGUUUCUCCUCUUGUGGGGGAUUCUGUUCAGAAUUCUGUCUGUCCCCAAAAAUCUCACCAGCACUGCCUCCCCCCCAAAAUUUGGGGGUGGGGUCUCCUAAAAUAAAGGGAGAGGGGAAUUCUGUCCAGAAUUCUGUCUGUCUGUCCCCAAAAAUCCCACCCCCACCAGCAGUCCCUCUCCCCUUGAGGCUCCUCCCAAAAAAAUUUGGGGUGGGGUCUCCUAAAAUAAAGGGAGAGGGGGAUUCUGUUCAGAAUUCUGUCUGUCUGUCCCAAAAAUCUCACCAGCAGUGCCUGUCCCCUUAGGGCUCUCCCCAAAAAAAUUUGGGGUGGGGUCUCCUAAAAUAAAGGGAGAGGGGGAUUCUGUUCAGAAUUCUGUCUGUCUGUCCUCAAAAAUCCCACGACCACCAGCACUGCCUGUCCCCUUAGGGCUCUCCCCAAAAAAAUUUGGGGUGGGGUCUCCUAAAAUAAAGGGAGAGGGGAAUUCUGUUCAGAAUUCUGUCUGUCCCCAAAAAUCCCACCAGCAGCAGCAGCAGUCCCUGACCCCUUGAAGCUCCUCCCAAAAAAAUUUGGGGUGGGGUCUCCUAAAAUAAAGGGAGAGGGGAAUUCUGUUCAGAAUUCUGUCUGUCUGUCCCAAAAAAAUCUCACCAGCAGUGCCUGUCCCCUUGAGGCUCCUCCCAAAAAAAUUUGGGGUGGGGUCUCCUAAAAUAAAGGGAGGGGUUUCACCUCUUGUGGGGGAUUCUGUUCAGAAUUCUGUCUGUCCCCAAAAAUCUCACCAGCACUGCCUCCCCCCCAAAAUUUGGGGGUGGGGUCUCCUAAAAUAAAGGGAGAGGGGAAUUCUGUCCAGAAUUCUGUCUGUCUGUCCCCAAAAAUCCCACCCCCACCAGCAGUCCCUCUCCUCUUGAGGCUCCUCCCAAAAAAAAUUUGGGGUGGGGUCUCCUCGCUUUCCCGGGGGGGCUCGGCCGGGUGACACCACCGCGGUUAUUUAUUGAUUUAUUGAUUUAUUGAUUUAUCGAUUUAUUGAUUUAUUGACUUAAUAAAACUCGGAGGAGCGGCG